AUGGUGAUCGCGAGCGGAUCCGCCUGCGGUGGGGCGUCGAGCAAGCUUAUUAGGAGAUCCCGAAGAUUGUCCUCGACCAGGGGCUUGAAGCGGGUGAGUUGGAACGCGGCGAGGCGCGGCGAAGACGAAGAAGAAGGGGUCUCGGCCGAGGGGGAAGAUGAUUCGAAGCGGAAGCUCGGCCUGUGCCCCCCGGGAGCAGAGGGGGCGGGCGAAACGACGAGGUCUGGCAAGACGACGGCGAUGAAUUGGGAGUUGAACGAGAGGAUCAGCCUGAGCAGCGGGUCGAGCCCUGGUUUGGAGGUUCGGCCUGACGCGAGGAGGGGGAUAGAGUUGAGCGGGAACCGGAAGAAGGAUGCGUGGUCGUGGAGAGGGCGCGUCGGAACGGGGCUGGAGCUGAUGAACGUGUCGGGAUUCCAGCAGCAGCAGGGGGAGCAGGAUAAGAGGCGUGGCAAGGACGCGUCGUGGCCGAUCGAGGCCGAUUUGGUGGAGAAGGGGGGCGUGAUCAAGAGCGACUCCAAGUACGAGAUAGGGAUCCCCGGCAGCGAUCCAGGGAGCACGGGGUCGUCCGGGAAGAGGAGACAGCAGGUGUCCUCCGGUUGCGGAUCGUCCAAGUCGCGCAAUUGGAAGGGCGAGAAGGAGGGGGAGAAGGGGGAGGGCGGAGGGGGGAGGAAGUGGGUGGGCGGCAGAAAGAAGACGGAGAAAACGAACGACUCGAUCUCGAAGAGGUUGGAGCUGAUACACGAGCUGAAUCAGAAGAUCCUGGCCAACUACGAGCGGUUCCAGCAGAGGUCCAGGUCGAAGAAUCGCGCCACGAAAGAGGGUAAAUGCGAUACUUGGAGAUCGAAGAGGGAGCAGGGGGAUAGAAGUCGCGGGUCGGUGUCGAGCGAGGCGGCGUCGAGAGAGGCGAGGAAGGAGGAGGACGCGUACGAGUACGCGGAAGCGAGGCGGAAGGGGGGGAGCAGAGGCGCGAAGCCGGCGCAAAGAUCUUGCGAGCGGGAUUCUUGUUCGAGGGGGAGAAAGAUGGUGGACGUUUCGAAACGUUUGGUUGGGUUCUCCAAGGAUCGUCGAGUCGUGGACGCGUCCUCGGAUAAGAAGCGAUCCGCCAAAACUUCUCCUUCUUCCACCACCACCACCACCUCCUCCUCCUCCUCGUCCAAGUCGAGAACGUUUCGGGAUAACGAGAACUUCACCAUGGCGGCGAGGCCAGGUUUCUACGGGGCUAAGGGCUACGAGGAUAAGAAGGAAGCCGAAUGCUGCGGCGGGUCGAGGUGGUCGCGAAACGGGGAGAGGAGAAGCGGUUUUCACUCGGUGGAGAGGAAGGGGGAAGGGGAUCGCGCGGUUAUCGACGACACCGACACUCGUCUGGGGAGCUCGAGAUUGUAUCCGGAAAGGGAUCGGUGUAACGAGGCGAGAGUGGAGGAUUUCGAGGGGAUCGAGGCGACGAGGGGGGACGACGGGACGAAGGAGAGAGAAGAAGGGGAGAAGGGAAGCGAUCGGUUGGCGAUCGAGGAUCGCGACGAGGUCCCGCGAGAUCUGCGCUACGACACUGACACGGAGAGGGUGUUGGAGGAAGGGGAGGAAGGAGAGAAGAAGAAGAAGAAGAAGGAGGAGGAGGAGGAGGAGGAGGAGGAGGAGGAGGAAUCGGCGAGGGACGAGAAGAGGAAGAAGGCGGCGACCUCGACGGGGAAGAAGAAGAAGAAGAGGAGGGACAAGUUGGAGAACGACGGAGCGCAGAGCAGCGGUGGGUGUUCGACGAGCGGCGAACCGACGAGCGGCCCAAAGGUGGCCAGGCUCCAAGAGACGUUCAAUUCCUCUUGGGACUCUGGCGUCGGGGCGGACGUCGGGAACGGUGGAAGCGGUUGGGUGAGGAUACACACGGGGAUCGAGAGCAGCCUCGUCUAUCUCACUGUUGAUACCACGGCGAGGGACGUGUGCAGGGACAUGCUGUUGGGCGACGACUUGUCUCUGUUUAUGCAGUAUGGAGGGGAAUCCGGAAGGAGAUUGGCCUCUCACGAGAAACCGCUCGAGAUACAAGACCAAUUUCUCCAAAAGCUCGGCUACCAGCACGUAUCAAGACGGUCCCGGCUCGGGGUCGAUCCUGAAUUACGACACCUCAUCGCCUUCCACGUGGGGCCCGCAUCCCCCUUGCCCGAGCUUCACGGAUACAGCCGUUGCGGCCACGCUUUGGUAUUGAAGGGGUUGGUUUUCCCUCAGUGGAAGAGGCGGCCACUGGCCGUCAUCGGAUCCAGGCUGUUCCUUUAUCCAGCCUGUCCUGAAUCUCGGCCAGAGUGGAUGGAACUGGCCGGUGGGGGUGCGGUGUGCUAUGCCCCGUCACGUCUGGGUAAACUCGUGCUGCGUAUCACUGGAUUUCCAAGGGUCACUCACCAGUGUCAUCAGAGUCAACAACAGGAGGACAGUCACCAUCGCGAGACGAGACACUUAUAUCUUGGCUUUCACCACCCCUGGGACAGAGACUUGUGGAAAAGUUGGAUUAAACAGGCUAUACAAUUGUCAUCGUGCCCGAAACAGUUGGAUCUGAGCAACGGGGGCCUGUCAAGGAUCCCCGACAGCGCUAUAGCAUUUCCGGCGAUAGAAGAGCUGAUAUUAAGCCAAAACCAACUAACGAACACGAACAACAACCUGACAUUGUUGCACAGGUUUCCAAAACUUCGCAUCGUUCAUUUGGAGAGCAACGAGUUGAGGAGGAUACCACGAGAGUUAUUGGAGCUCACAGGAUUGACCUACCUCAAUCUCUCGGACAAUAAAAUCGAGAAAAUUCCGGCCGACAUAAGCCAGCUUAUCAACCUCAAAGAGCUCAUAUUGGAUCGUAAUGGAAUCAAAGAGCUGCCAUAUGAAUUCAUCGAGUUGAAGAACUUGAGAAACGUUUCUUUAUCUGGAAAUUGCCUCACCAGUUUGCCAUCUUUCUUCAACAUGCGUGCCCUAGCGUUAACGGACGUAUUAUCAAAAACAGACUAUAACAAAGGUUGUAAAGAUGAUAAGAAUCAAAAUAAUUUGUACAAAGUGAAUCUUCGAAAUAAUCAAUUAAAAGGAAACAUCAUACUUGGAAAUUACGGUAAUUUAACGCAUCUAGACGUCAGUGAAAAUAGCAUUGAGAAAUUGGACAUCAGUGCUCUUCAAGAAUUGAGAAGUGUUCGUUGCGCGCGAAAUAUUUUAACAGAACUGACAGUCUGCGGAAAAAAUAUUGUUUCUCUUAUUGCUGGAAACAACAAAUUAAAAAAAUUAACUAUCGAGCCAGUGCCUGUGAAUCUUGAACAUCUAGAUGUUUCUUAUAACAAUUUAGACGCACUUCCGGAAUGGAUACCAGAUCUACCUUUGUUGCGCGCACUUUUUGCGUCUCACAACGCUUUAACAGCCCUUCCAGACAGAUUACUAACACAACCGUCGAGACUGGAAGUUCUUCACUUACCCCACAAUAGACUGCAAGCUCUUCCGCCACCUAGGAAACCACUAAACAUCGUUCAUUUGACGCUGCAAGACAAUGCACUGACAGCAUUACCAACGAGUUUUUUCAUCAACACGGAAAAGAUGAAAGUGUUGAAUCUUUCCAACAAUCGAUUGUCAGAACUUCCACACUUUGGAGAAGGAAAUAAAAAUCGACAUAACAAUCACAGCUUGGAGAAAUUAUAUCUCACUGCGAAUUGUUUAACAGAUACUGCUUUGGAUGCUCUUGCAAAAUUUACAUCUUUAAGAGUUCUUCAUAUAGCUUACAAUACUUUAGAUACGCUUUCAGAAAGUUGUAUAGCUUCAUGGAAAGAUCUAGAAGAAUUAAUAUUAUCUGGAAAUCGUCUUCAAUAUCUGCCAGAUAAUGUGGCCAAUUUACGACAUUUACGUGUAUUGCGUGUCCAUUCUAAUCGACUCUUGACUUGUCCAACAUUUAAUAAAACAGCAUCGUUAAAAGUAUUGGACUUAGCUCAUAAUCAAUUAGAUAGAGUAAAUUUAGCUACUCUGGUGCCACCACAACUUCAAUUUCUCGAUAUAUCUUGCAAUUCAAGACUUCACGUAGAUCCUAGACAAUUCCAGGUAUAUAGGUCUCAACGACCAAUAUCAUUAGUCGAUGUAUCUGGACAGAAUAGACCAAGUCUGCCUUCGCACCCUCAUCAACAAGAAAUUAUUUCCUCGGAAAAAGGUUUGGAACAACCUUGGAGAUUAGGAUUUUCAGAAACAGCAGGAUGUAGAGAAAGAUUGUACGUAUCCCAAAUUCGGAUGCCAUCAUUUUGCAACGUAGAAGGCCUAUUUGGUAUAUUCGAUGGCGGUUCGAAUCAAGAAGCACCGAGCGCACUCCAGGAAAUGAUUCCGCGCCUUUUAUUAGAGGAGAGAACCGUUCGAGAGACGUCAAAGGAAUACUUAAAAUAUACGUUACUAUCUGCCCAUAGGGAGUUGAAAGAUAAGGGUCAGAAAUACGGGAUUGAUGCAACUCUUGUGCAUAUUGUUAGAAUACAAUUGCAACAAGGAUAUCCGAAAGCACCAACGAAAUAUUCGUUAAAGGUAGCCACUUCUGGAGACGCAAAAGCAGUUCUCUGCAGAGCAGCUGGUCCAUUAAUUUUGGCACCUAAGAAGCUAUCUAUGAAGAAUCAAUUAGGAAACGCAGCUAUGUUUCCUCUUGUUGUUCCCGACCCUAUAUUCGAAGAGGUAGAUUUAGAGGAUGACGAUGAAUUUAUUAUAAUUGGUAAUAAAAAAUUAUGGGAGGUACUGAGCAUUCAGGAAGCCGUUCGAGAAGCCAGAGCGGAGGCCAGUCCUGUUUUAGCCGCUAAAAGGCUUCAAGAUCUGGCACAAGCUUAUGGAGCAGAGGAUAAUUUGAGCAUUGUAGUUGUACGACUAACGGGACCUAAUCAGGGUGAUUUAGAUCAGUUGAUGAGGGAAUUGAGACAUGCUGUUGGAAAGAAUAGAGGUCAAACUGAGACAGGAUGUCCUUGUCCUUGUUGCAUGCCUCCGGCAGCUCAUAAACCACCGGGACCUUGCUGUUGUCACGCGAACGAAGGCUAUUAUUUGAAUGGCGUGUUAAAAAGCAUAGUAAAUAGAUCAAACAAAGCUCACAAUGGGUCCGGUAGAUAUUUUAAAAACCAUCGAUCAACGCAAAAUGAAAGUCCGUCAUACAAAGAUGAUAGAAGUUCACCAAGUGGUCAAUCAGACCAAGCUAGUGAUAGUACUUUAAAGUCGAGAUAUCCUUCUGGUAGAGUUUGGUCUGGAAGUGCCGCUUCUAGAGCCACGAACAAAGCUCGUCAAAGUGUUCUUGUGAACGAAAACAGUACAAGAAAGAUAUCAACUACUUUGACGGCUCAAGAAGACACUAUAUCCGAGAGAUCUGGCGCUUUGAGCGAAGAGCAAUUUCGUUGCUGGGAAUAUAUGCUGGAGCAAAAUACUCAGCUCUUGUUCGACAAGGAAUUAGACACUUUAACGAAGACUCCACUACGACGAGGUCAAUCGAGAUCCACGCCUCAAUUAGCUGGCAAUUUGCCUUUUCUAUCGAAGAGGUUUGGAAGUGCCAGAUCCUUUAAUCCUUCUCUAUCAAGACCACCCAUUGUUCGAUUUGGUAGCGGAAGAAGAUUACUUAACGGAGGUCCAAAUGCGGCUUAUUUUGGCAGCUUACAGAGGUUGAUGCCAUAUAAUCUUGAGUAUGAUUUUGCCGUAAUUCAAGAAAGAAAUGGGUUGGACUCAUUAGAGCAAGACGCAACGAGAAUGCAACAAUAUUGGGGAGUGGCUACGACUGAAUUAUAAUUCACAAGUUAUAUAAAAUUAUAAUGUUAAAAGAUAUAUAUAUAUAUAUAUACGCAUUAUUGUUAUUUACAACAGAUGUGAGGUAUUGAGAAAUUGAACUCAUAUUUUAAAUAGAAAAACAUAAAAAGUGGCAAUAAAAUGUUGUGAAUUGAUAAAACAUGAGAUGUUGAGCUUUAUAUGAUUGCAGC